AUGGCCGACGUGGAGAUGAAGGAGGCAACCGCCGGGGCCUCAGCUAAGGGCAAAGGUGUUUCGAAAAGCUCGGAAGGUGCCAGCGAUGGCAAGAAAAAGUUUGAGGUGAAGAAGUGGAACGCGGUCGCCUUGUGGGCUUGGGACAUCGUUGUCGACAACUGUGCGAUUUGUCGCAAUCACAUCAUGGAUCUAUGUAUCGAGUGCCAGGCAAACCAGGGAUCUUCAACAACCGAGGAGUGCACAGUCGCCUGGGGAAUCUGUAACCAUGCAUUUCAUUUCCACUGCAUCUCUCGUUGGCUCAAAACUCGCCAAGUGUGCCCUCUGGAUAACAGAGACUGGGAAUUCCAGAAGUAUGGCCGGUAG